UGUAAAUAGCCUACAAUUACCAUAUUUUUCACAAACGUUGGGGCUUCUCACUGUGAUUAAGGGGGUUGUAGUUUUUUGUUGUUGAUAAAUGUGAAAUUCUUAUUGUGAAGCUGCAGUUGCAGAACUGAUCCACUCGGACUACAACGCCAACAAUUCCCACUCGCGCGCGCCUGCGUAAAACGGGCAAGGGAGCUGUCAGUAUCAAAUAGUGCUGGUCUGUUUUCAUAGAUUGCUGCUCUUGCGUUCUGUGUGAGGAGCGUUGUAUAGAAGACAUGAUGGAUGAAGAAUUAAAAUGCCCCGUUUGCGGUUCUCUUUUCAAGGAUCCUAUUCUUUUACCUUGCUCGCACAAUGUGUGUUUGGCGUGCGCCCGAAAUAUCAUUGUACAGACCCCAGAAGGCGAAACACCACCGCAUAGCCGUGCCUCCAACUCGGACUACGAUUAUUUGGAUAUGGACAAAAUGAGCAUGUAUAGUGAAACGGACAGCGGCUAUGGAUCAUACACGCCGUGCCUCAAGUCUCCAAAUGGGGUGAGGGUGUUUCCUCCGACUCUGGUGCACCGCCACUGCUCCAUAACGUGUCCUCUCUGUCACCGUAGUGUCUCUCUGGAUGAGCGGGGGCUGAGGGGCUUUCCACGUAACAGGCUACUGGAGGCGAUCGUGUCUCGGUAUCAACAGAGCCGCUCUGUCAACGUGAAAUGUCAGCUAUGUGACCGCAACCCUGUCGAUGCCACUGUGAUGUGCGAGCAGUGUGACGUGUUUUACUGCACACCUUGCCAGCAGCGAUGCCACCCUUCCCGUGGACCGCUGGCCAAACAUCGAUUAGUGCCACCGACCCAAUCGCCAGUUGCAGGAGGACAGCAGAUGCCCGCCGCCACCUUACGCAAACAGGGAACAUGUGCAGACCAUGACACGAUGAACUUUAGCAUGUACUGCGUCAACUGCAAGACUCCAGUGUGCAUGAAGUGUCUGGAGGGUGGCAAGCAUGGGAGUCACGAUGUAAAACCUUUAGCGGCCAUGUGGAAACAGCACAAGUGUCAACUGUCCCAAGCUUUGAAUGGUGUGUCAGAUAAAGCCAAGGAUGCCAAGGAAUUUCUGGUGCAGUUGAAGAACAUGCUUCAGCAGAUACAGGAGAACGGGGUGGAGUUCGAGGCCUGCCUGGUGGCUCAGUGUGACGCCCUUAUUGAGGCUCUGACGCGGCAGAAAGCCAAGCUCCUCACCAAGGUUACCAAAGAGAGGGAGUACAAGCUCAAGGUGGUKCGUGACCAGAUCACUCACUGCACUAUGAAGCUACGUCAGACUACAGGCAUGAUGGAGUACUGUCUGGAGGUGAUCAAAGAGAACGACCCCAGCGGCUUCCUGCAGAUCUCCGAUGCGCUGAUCAAACGUGUGACAUCGUCUCAGGACCAGUGGGUCAAAGGGGCUCUGGAGCCCAAGGUGGGCCCUGAGUUUGACCUAACCCUGAACACCGACCCCCUGCUUCAGACCUUAAUACAGCUGGACUUUGUCCAGAGCAAAGAUAUUCAGGAGACUCCAUUAUUGAAACAAAUGCAUGCAGGUGGACUGAAAGACACGGAGAGAUCAGGAGUGGAGUCUGCCACGGUGCCCCCGGCCCCUCUGCUGCAGCUAGAGAAGUGCUGCACCCGCAACAACAGUGCCACCCUGGCCUGGAGGGUCAGUGUGUUCCCUAGCAACCCCAUCGAAGGCUACGUCCUGGAGCUGGACGACGGCAAUGGGGGUCAAUACAGGGAGGUGUAUGUCGGGAAGGAGACCGUGUGCACCGUGGACGGCCUCCACUUCAACAGUUCCUACAACGCCAGAGUCAAGGCCUACAACUCCACUGGGGUGGGGCCCUAUAGCAAAACUGUGGUGCUGAAGACAUCUGACGUGGCCUGGUUCACCUUCGACCCCGCCUCGGCUCACAGGGACAUUGUGUUGACCAAUGAGAACCAGACGGUGAGCUGCAACAGCUAUGAUGACCGUGUGGUGCUGGGGACUGCCGCCUUCUCCAAGGGGGUACAUUACUGGGAGCUCAUGGUGGAUCGCUAUGACAACCACCCGGACCCUGCGUUCGGGGUGGCGAGGAUCAACACGAUGAAGGACAUGAUGCUGGGGAAGGAUGAUAAGGCCUGGGCCAUGUACGUGGACAACAACCGCAGCUGGUUCAUGCACAACAACUCCCACACCAACAGGGCCGAGGGGGGCAUCAGCAAGGGUGCCACUGUGGGCAUCCUGCUGGACCUGAACAAGCACACUGUAACAUUCUUUAUCAACAAACAGCAGCAUGGCCCCGUGGCCUUCGAGAACCUGGAGGGAGUCUUCAUGCCUGCUGUCAGCAUCAACAGGAAUGUCCAGGUUACCCUACUAACAGGAAUGGAGGUGCCAAAGAAUUUUAAGCAGCAGUAGCCUCCUAAGGUGUCCUGGCACAGUCCCACCAAUGUCAAAAUGUACUCCUCCUGCUCCAUCCCCAUCUGUUCUUGCUACUACAGCAUAUCUUAUGCUGUUUAAUGCCUACGAUCAAAUAUCACCCUUCUAGGGAGUCUUAUAUACGAGGGACUUUUGUAUAUAAAAUAUUCUGUUGUUUUUGUAAUUUUCCAGGUCCWAAUUGCAUCUCAAGCCGUACAAUCAGAUUCUGUGUUUACAGUCAAAAUGCCACAGGGUGCUUUAAUGAAGUGCAUCACUAGAACGAAAUCCGAUAUGAGGGUACAGUCAAGAGAUGUCCUACAGUACAAUUUCUCUACUUCUCUUCUCUCAGGUUCCUUCAUAGAGACUUUGUAUACUCCGAUUUCUUUAUAGGAAAUCACUGGUUGGGUUAAAUGCGGAAGACACAUUUCAGUUGAAUACAUUUCAGUUGAAUGCAUUCAGUUGUACAACUGACUAGGUAUCCCUCUUUCCCUUCCCUUCUCAUUCAAAAGUUGAGAAUAAUACAGCUUUUCUUAGACACAUUAUUGGUGAAAUACUGUCUUUGCAACUUUACAAAGCCUUUCCAUACCAUAAUUGGAAUAAAUUCAUCUGGAAAUCUGCUCAAUUGAAAAUUACCUAUGGGGAUUUUAUACACUAUACAUUUCAUUUAAGGAAAUUGAAUUCACCCCAGCAUAGAUCGUCAGAUCUGUGUAAAGGACAAAUCAGAGUACAAACGGUACCUACAAUUCUGUCACUAGAUGACAAAUCUUGGUUCAAAGUGAAGCCAAACCACUGUGACAUUGAGAUGUAACAUUGCCAUGUAUAUUUUGUCAAACUAUUUAAAAUACAAAUAUGUAUCUUUUUUCAAACGAUUUACUGUUUAUGCAUUGGGUUUUACUACACUAUUGAAAUAUUUAUUAAGAGGGUGUAUGCUCAUGUGAAUAAACAAGUAUUGUUAAAGGUAUUGUAAAGCAGUUAGAAAUAUUGUAUUGACAGACCACUAGAGGGUCAAGAUAGCAUGAUACUGUAUGUAAGGAAAUUGUAAAUAUGACUAAUGUGUCCUAAGCAUGCAUUCUAAGCAAACUAGUUUACUUAACUCCAUCUGUACAKAGUAAAACUAUUCCUAAAACAGUGAUAUGCAGAAGCCUUUCAAACUACCUAGUACAGUACAAUACAUUUGCCCCCUAGAGUUUGAAGUCAAAAUUACAGCAUCACUUUAAUUUCCCCAUAACAAAAAAAAAAAAGUGUUUAACCAUUUAUGUGACAAUUUAAUAUCUUAUGGGGCUCAAGCAUAUUAACAUACAAUGUCAGAUGACAACUUUAAUUUAGAGGGUUAAGCAGUGCGUUUGUGAUUUGUCCGAGGGGUCCUUAAUGGAAUUGUAGAUACUAGGCAGGCUUAUUAUCCCACAUUUACAUUUGACCAUGUCCUCAUAAAGUUCACAUACUGGUAUAUCAUUAAUCACGAUUAGAUGCAGUUAGGAGUUGUUUUGUAUCAUAUUCUGUAAUUCAAUUUUUUUUAAACAUUUUGAUCUCCGACUGCUACUAAAAGUGUUGCUUCAAAGUGAUGUGCCCUUAAUCCAAAAUGGUAAUAGGUUUUUGGAUUAAGAAUAAUAAAGCUAUUGUUAUUAGAAUACAAAUUCUGCUCAGUCUGUGUUGAAGCAUGGUGGUACAACCUUGGUGAAAAUGAUUUGUACUGUUCUUGUAUCCUCGCUUUGUAAAACACCAAAUAUAGUCAUGCAUUUUUGAAUGGUCUUAAAAUCUAAUGUUGGGUUUAUUUAGCUGUGUUUAAUGUUCUCUGAAGAGCCAAUGCCUUGUACAUUAAACAUGUUGAUAUGA